UCAGUAUCUACAGGAAAUUGACAAAGUACCACAGCACAGCACAAAAUGUGGUGGAGAGUUCUCAGUUUGCUGGCUUGGUUCCCCUUACAAGAGGCCUUUCUGACUAACCACAAGGAAACCAUCACCGUGGAAGAAGGCCAGAAUCUCACUCUGAAAUGUGUCACUGCUCUGACCAAGGCUGCCUCCCUCCAGUGGCUGACUCCUUCCGGGUUCACCAUUUUUUUAAAUGAGCGUCCUGCUUUUAAAAAUUCCAAAUACCAGCUUCUUCAUCACUCAGCCAAUCAGCUCUCCAUCACUGUGCCCAAUGUCACCAUGCAGGAUGAAGGCGUAUACAAGUGCCUACGUUAUAGCAGCUCCGUGAGCACAAAGGAAGUGAAAGUGAUUGUGCUAGCAACUCCUCUCAAGCCAAUCCUGGAAGCUUCCAUCGUCAGAAGCCAGAACAGAGAAGACCACAUUGUAUUUAAAUGCUCCACCACGAGAAGCAAGCCCCCUCCUCAGAUCACCUGGCUGCUGGGAGAUGGCACGGAGCUCUUCAGUGGAGCCCACCAUGAAUUUGAAACUGAUGGGAAGAAAUGUAACACUACCAGCACUCUCACGGUCCACACCUACAGCAAAAACUCAACUGUGAACUGUGUUAUCCGACACAAAGGCCUACAGGGGAAGAAACUGGUAGCACCCUUUCAGUUUGAAAAUUUGGUUACUGAUGAAGAGACAGUCUCGGAUGCUCUCGAGAGAAGCUCACUAUCCUCUCAAGACACUCAGCAGCCCACUAGCACUGUCUCCGUCGUGGUGGAUUCUAGUACAUUAGAGACGGACAAAGAAGAGAAAGAACAAACCACUCCGGCCUUUGUUUUGCCCACUGAAGCAAGUCCUCAGUAUUUGGGAGUGGCAAGGAGGAAAAGUGGCAUCCUGCUGCUUACGCUGGUGUCCUUCCUCAUUUUCAUUCUCUUCAUCAUAGUCCAGCUCUUCAUAAUGAAGCUGCGGAAAGCACACGUGACGUGGAAAAGAGAAAAUGACAUUUCAGAAAACACACUAGAAAGUUACAGAUCGAGAUCAAAUAAUGAAGAAACAUCAUCCCAGGAGAAAAAUGGCCAAACUUCCCACCCUAAGCGCUGUAUGGACUAUAUCACGAAGCUCUACUCUGAUGCAAAAACAAAGAGGAAGGAAAACACACAGCAUUCAAUGUUAAAAGAAAAGCACACUCAGAUACCAGAGAGUAUCGUGUAG